AUGGUCAGCAGCAAACGCAAAAGGGUCCUCGAGGACUUUGACCCCAACAAGUCGGAUUCGGAUGACGAAAACUUCGACCCAACGGAGGAACGCCCUCGCCGAAGCUCCAAAAAGGCGCGACCAGCUGGCGGAAGCCGUUCUGGACAAAGGAGACACCAUCGCUACCGAGGAUCUGACAUUGAGGAUGAUGGAGAUGAGCUUUCUGACAGCCAAGAAGGCUCCUUUCUCGAUUACGAUGACGAGGAGGAAGACGACGACGCGCCGAUCAACGCCGCUGGCCGCAAGACCCGCAAGGCAGCUGUCAAAUCUCAAAACUAUGCCGAGAGCAGCGAAGAAGAGGAAGCGCAGCUCAGUGAUGGUACCAAGGCCGAAAGUGGCGAUGAUGAACAGGGUCGAAAAUCCACACGGUCCUCCAGCCGCGUGGUCAAGCUCAAGGUUCCCAGCGCCGCCCUAUCUGAUAUUCCUCGACGUGCCACCAGAGCGACCUCCCGUGAUCAAGAAGACCUUGUUGAGCUCUCCAACUCUGGCCGUCAUGCUGUUGCAUCUCGGGAUUCCGUGAGUCGCAGCCCUGAGCCUGUUGCCCGCAGAAGCUCUCGCGCUGCCAAAGGCAUCAAGAUGCCUCCCGAGACCAUCGACGAAGCGACGCAAGAAAGUAGCCUCAAAACUACCGGUGCUGACGAUGAUGACCUCGAUGAACUGGACAAGGAUAUCCUUGACCUGCACAAAAGGGAAGAAGAUGACGAAGACAUGGAAGAUGCUUCAAAACAGGAGCAUCUCGAUGAACCUGCUGCCGCCGCCGACGCCGACGAAGACGAAGACGACGAUGAUAUUCCUACCACCCGCAGGACGCGAGCCUCACGCACUGAGGUAGUAGUGGAUGAUGAAGAACCGGACCAAGAUGCUAGCUCAAGACCCAACCGACGAUUGACGCGUAAAUCGAGCGCCCGCAAGUCGACUCAAGAACCUAGCAGUGACUUUGAACCCGGCGACGACUCAGAAGAUGCUGCAUCCGAUAUGGGUAAAGACGCUGCAGAAGGCCAACUCGAUAGUCCUACACCCCGCGGAAGGGGGGGGCGCCAAUCCCGUUCGGCAGGAGCGUCCCGCCACGACUCUGGUGAUGAAGAGGCCGACUUGGACUUGGACGAGCUCAACGAAGAAGCUCGCGAGUUGAGAAAAUCAUCACGACCGCGCCGACGCCGAGAAGAGACGCCCAUCGCCUACCAAGAAAACACGCGUCGCUCUCGCGCCAGAGUCAACUACUACAUGCCUCCCUUGACCUCUGCAAACAUCGAAGACGACGGUGAGGAUGCAGCCCCUACGCCGGCCCGCCGACGCCGUGGUGCUGCCAGCGCUGUGUGGGAUCGAAACCUCAACACAACAUUUGGACCCUUUGGUGGCGGUGGUGCUGUUGGGUCUCUGCUCAACGGUCCAUGGGGUACUGGUGCUACAGGCGGCGUCGAUUCAGACAGCAGUGAUGACGAGAUGGUGCACAGGUCCAGCAUUGCUGGCAACGUGGGCAUGACUCCUACCUCAGCUGCUCCGGCCGGCCUGCUGCCCGGACUGCCCGGCAUAAACCCAGACGGUGGCGUCCCCAAUGUUGGCAAGAUCAAGGAUCGCAAGGCUCUGGCAGAUGCUGAUCCUCUUGGCGUCGAUAUGAACGUUGAUUUCAGCAAGGUCGGUGGCUUACAAGGUCAUAUUGAUCAGCUCAAAGAAAUGGUACAGCUUCCCCUGCUCUACCCAGAGCUAUUUGCAAGAUUCCACGUCACUCCUCCACGCGGUGUCUUGUUCCAUGGUCCUCCUGGUACCGGUAAGACAUUGCUUGCGCGAGCUCUUGCUAAUUCGGCCGGCCACGGAGGUCGCAAAAUUUCAUUUUACAUGCGCAAGGGCGCCGAUGCUCUGAGCAAGUGGGUUGGUGAAGCCGAGAAGCAGCUCCGUCUUCUGUUUGAAGAAGCCCGCAAGACGCAGCCCAGCAUCAUCUUUUUCGAUGAAAUUGAUGGCCUCGCCCCAGUUCGGUCAAGCAAGCAAGAGCAGAUUCAUGCCUCCAUUGUCUCCACGCUUCUUGCCCUGAUGGACGGCAUGGACGGUCGCGGUCAGGUCAUCGUCAUUGGUGCUACCAACAGACCUGACAAUAUUGAUCCUGCGCUUCGCCGCCCCGGUCGAUUUGACAGAGAAUUUUACUUUCCUCUGCCCGACAUUGACGGCAGACGCGCUAUUAUCGACAUCAAUACCAAGGACUGGGGCAUGGCCGACGACUUCAAGGCCUCGCUCGCCGAAAAGACAAAAGGCUAUGGUGGUGCUGAUUUGCGCGCGCUCUGCACCGAGGCCGCGCUCAACGCAAUCCAGCGCACCUACCCCCAGAUAUACGCUUCACAAGAAAAGUUGCUGGUCGAUCCAUCCAAGAUUAAUGUUCACGCAUCUGACUUUAUGCUGUCGAUCAAGAAGCUGGUUCCCUCGUCUGAGAGAUCUGCCACAUCUGGCGCUACUCCUUUGCCAGCUACUAUUCGGCCAUUAUUGCAGGACCAGUUUGAUAACAUCAAACGAGCCCUCGAUAUUGUGAUGCCACGCCGGAAGAAGACGACUGCCCUGGAGGAGGCCAUGUUUGAGCCAUAUGCUGACGAUGAUCAUGGCUUCAAACGCGAGACUCUUCACCAAGACUUUGAGCGCACGCGUGUGUUCCGUCCCCGACUCCUCAUCCACAGCAGCCCAGGCAUGGGCCAGAAUUACAUUGCUGCUGGCAUUCUACAUUAUCUGGAAGGCGUCCACGUGCAAAACUUCGACCUGCCUAGUCUCCUUGCGGACGGCCGCUCUAUGGAGCAAGUUAUUGUCGGUCUGUUUACCGAAGUGCGACGUCACAAGCCAAGUGUCAUCUAUAUACCAAACAUUGAUGUCUGGUAUGAUACGCUGGCCGGCACGGUCGCGCUCGUCACCUUUACAACAAUGCUCAAAUCCAUUCCACCGACCGAUCCGGUGCUUCUCCUUGCCACGGCAGAGCGCACCAAGGAAGAAUUUGCGGCUAGACCAAACGUGAUUUCCGACUUUUUUGGGUACUCUCGCAACAGCUGCGUCGAGAUUGCGCCUCCCGCGCGACCUGCCCGGUUUGCCUUUUUCAGCAAAACUUUGGAACUCAUCAAACUCCCGUCUGGCAAGUUCCCCGAUCCGCAGAACCGAGAGAAGCGGAAACUGGAGGUUCUUCCCCCGGCGCCCAAGAUUGAGCCACCGCCGCCGACCAAGGCAGACAUUAAGGCGCUGAAGAAGAAAGAUCACCAAUUCCUCAACGCUCUGAAGAUUCAACUGCAGCCCAUUAUGGAUCAGAUCAACCGCAAGUACAAAAAGUUCCGCCAGCCCGUUAUUCCUCAGGCGCAGAUCGAGUAUCUUUUCGCAGAGUCCGACCCGAAUUAUGUGAGACCCGACAUUGCCGCAGCUGAGAAUCGUCCCUUUGAGAUUGUCAAAGACAAGAAUGACAUCGAUGUGUUGCGAGAUACUGUUAGUGGAAAGACAUUUUACAAUUUGGAGACGACAACUAUCGAAGAGCGACUGUCCAACGGCUACUACGCUCGCCCCAAAGAUUUCCUGUUCGACAUCAGGGCUCUUGCCAAGGAUGCGAAAAAUAUCGGCGACAAAGAAAGAACUCUGAAAGCAAAUGAGCUUUUGAGCAACGUGGAAGUUGAUAUUGCCAGCAUUGAGAACAGCACCGCCAGCAUGGUGGAUUGGGAAGCCCUCUACCAGCGACAGCUACAGCGAACCAAGCAAAAAGCCGAGAAGGAGAGACAAAGAAAGGCUUUGGCUAGUAAUUUGGCCUUGGAACGAGUUCAAUCUGAUAUUGGCGGCGGCAACGAAAGUGAUUCACAGGGCCCUGUUACCCUUGGCGUGCAAGUUCCCGAAGACAACACCACCGCGGCAAGGUUCCAGCUGCGGAGCCCAGAGCCCGCUGCUGACGCGCAUGCUCUCAACAACGGCGAGUCGGUCCCGCCCAAGGAUGCCGACGUCGAAAUGAGCGGGACUGGCGAGGAAACUCAGUCAACAUCGCAAGCAAUGGGCCCGCCAACUUUCAAGUCCCCAGGGCCUACACAGCCCUCGCAGCGAUCUGCCCUUACCUCUCUUCCGCCUGGCGUGCCGCCCUCAGCCGUAGCCAAUGACGCAUCGACCACCAAGACGUCUGAUCUCUCCUCCAAGCAAGAUUUGUCGAAAUGGGGUACGCCACAGACAAAUGGCAAUUCUUCCAGGGGCGGAGACAACCAGGACAUUCCCGACACAUUCCCCGUCGGGCCGGGCCAGACUCCUACGCCACAGAGUCAGGAAGCCUGGCCGCAUUCUCAGAUACCUGGCCUGGGCCGUGACAUGGUAAGCGGGGCAAGCUCGCUUGCACGACCAACGUCGUCGAGCUCCCAGCUGCAAGGGUCGGGUGAAUCUAAACUGCAUACGUCACCAUCGCAGCCCAAGGAGCUCAAACCGGCCGUGAUACAGCUCCAAGACGAUGUAGCGGACCAGACCGCUGGCUUUUCGGUUGAGCAGCUGGAGCAAAUUAACCGCGAAAUGAUGGACAAGAUUUGGCAGACGCGCGACGAGUGGAACAGACUCAACGUAUACUAUUCUGUCAAGGCGGUGUUUGAUGCUGUAUUGCACGAUAUGGAGUCGAUGCAGCAAGCGCUACUCGGCAGCCCCUGA